AUGUCUUCUCUCAAACUUUGCCUUUUAUUUGCUCUUAUUGGACUCGCCGCCUCGCAGUUCAACAUGGACUGCAAAAUUAAAGUCAAAUUUCGUCAGGACAGCCACCAAAAGGUAAGAAUCGAUCUGCUCAUUCCAUCGCUCUCGAUCAUGUCGGACCCAGUGAUCCUUGAUGAAUUCAAAGAGGAGAAACAUGUUAACAUCAAAGGAAAGAAUUGCGAGAGGAAACACUGGGUGUUUAUGAUCUACGGCGAAGACGAGCAUGGCAACUGGGUGCUCAAGAAGAAGCAUAAGGCAAAAUUCACUGGACACGGAUGGUUCCUCGUUUCGAUGGCAGAGAAUUACGAGUUCCAAAUACUUGAUCGCAUGGGUGUCAUGUGUUCAGAGGGAAUGUGCGGAAAGUAA